CAAACUUGACAAUUUCAAAAUGAUGAAAAUUAAAACAUCAUCAAUAAUAGUCUUGAAAUUCGUGUAAAGUUUUAUUUAACCUUUGUGUGAUUAGCCCCGUUUCAGAGAACAUAAUCCAUAUCAUUAUGGCGUCUUUUACCAGUCAGUGUUAAUCUGCUGACCAUAAAAAUAUGGAGAAACCAAAGAGUGCAUUACUGGAUAUGCUGUCCGUGACAAAUACAGCCGUUAACUCUAUUGGUAGAUCUCCAACUUACAAAGAGUCUGAUGUAACAAGCCAAUCAUCUAGUGUAAGCCAGGACUCUUGCAAGGAAUCUGUAGGAAGUACGACAGCUAGCGAGGUUUUAAUUUCUUCAACUUACAUGCGUAAAACAGAAACUACAAAGAAUCAUACAACUAAAUCAGAUCCCCAAGUAUCCCAUGGAUCUAAGCCAGCUAAUAUGGAUGAGAAAUUUGAAAGACUUAAAGGAGAAAAGAACAGAUUAUUAAAGAUGUUGAGUUGUAGUGAUUAUGAUAUUGAAGAAGAAACCGAUGAAGCAGAAAAAAAUCGAGGCAGCCAACAUGUUGAAAAUGCCAAUGACAGCAUCAUCACAGUACCAGGUAGAAUAACAAAUACUAAUACUAGAAUAACAGAUUCACCACAACAAUCAGAUAAUGAUCAAUAUUUUACAACUAAUGUACAAAGAACAAAAAAUAUCAAGAAUUCCAAACAGUUAUUAGAUUUCCAUUCAGAAUUAGCUUCGGGUGCUUCAUCAGAAAGAUCAGAAAAAUCUUCAAGUGUUCAAGAUGAUGUGUAUAUUCAAAAAUUUCACCUUUCGGAUAAAGAAAAGUCUUUAAAACAGGCUCUUGGAAAGAGAUCAAGUCAGUCUGUACCAGUAAAGAGAGUUAUACAACCUAAAUAUAUAGAGAAAACCAUUAAAGAAACUGUAACAAUACGUAAAGAUGAGGUGGAUACCAGAAAUAAUGGUAUUACUGAUGGUAAUCUGGCAGCUACUGUUGCGGCAUCAGCUGCUGCUGCUGUGGCUCAUCCAUUUUUUCAGUUUCAGAAAGAGUUUGAAGAAAAGCUAAGUAAAGCUUAUGGGAAGGUAAAAGAUAUUUCCUCAUCUCCUUCAAGUAAUGACAGAAUUUCUGAAUUGGAGAAAAAAGUCAGUGCGCUAAAUGAACAAAGACUGGAUCAUAUAGAAAAACUACAAGAAUAUCAAAUGGGAAUACAGGCGCAAUUACUGUGCUUACCAUGUAAACAAAGACCUUGUGAAAAUACCCAGUCGACACAACAAGAACCCUAUGAAAACCUCAGGUCAGAUUCAACUCAGAAUAGACCUUACGAGUUGGCACAAAAAAGACCUUAUGGAAAAAUGAGUUCACAAUUGGAACAAGAAAAAUCUGAUGAAAAUAUUAUAUCUCGAUCCACACAAGAAAGACCCUAUGGAAAUAAUUUGGUCGAGUCGAAACCUGUAAUCCCAGUUGUAGAACGGAAAAGUUCCCCAGGUAGAUGUUCACCAGUCCGAAAAUCUCCUCCUAAAGUUAGUGCACCUAAAGUAAAUCCUCGAAAAAGGUCCCCACCAAGACAAGAAGUUAAGUAUUUUCCAGUAAAAAGAAAAGAUCCAAAGAGGAAGCCACAAACUGUUAGAUAUGAAGAGAAAGAUGACACUUUGUUAUCCACACCUGCUCAUAGAACAAGAAUACCCACACCUACCGCUUAUAUAGAUGAUCCUAAACAUAAACUGGACCCUAGACUCAGAAAUGGUGGUUUAUUGGAAGAAAUAUUAGAUAGAAACAUAACUCCUCAAAGAGACUCAACAUUUUCUGUACCAGAUUAUCCCAGAAUGGCAUAUAACAGGUAUGAUUAUGAUGAAGAAAAACCAGUGGAUCAAGCUUCUAGAUUAUUAGAUAAAAUGAUAGAUUUAAAACAUCAAGUUGGUCGAGUUGUUGAUACAACACAUGAUCCACAGUAUAAGAAUGGACCAUACCCUCUAGAUCCUUACCUGAAAACACCUGUAUUAGAUAUACUAGAACAGCAGACACUGCAUGUUAAUGCACCAGUGUUUAAUAAUUAUGGUGAUGUGAAGAAAGUAUUAAAUACAGUUAAUAAAAAAAUUUCACUGUUAGAAUCCAACUUAAAACAUGUUACAAGAACUAGACAAGAAGAUGAAAUAACCUGCUUAGCUAAAGUUUUAUCACAGGAAGGUGAUGACAUACAAAGAUCAAAGAUUACAUCAAUGGUGGAUAAAUAUAUUCGAUCUCAGAAGAAAGUGAUUGAGGGAAAAGUACAGGCAGAAUUAUUGAAUGCUGAGCUUCAGAAACAGAAAGCAAAUGUAGAAAAAAAUAAUAAGGAUGUUGGGAAAAAACCAACAGUUCGAAGAGUGCCACCAACUGUUUCUAGAAAAAGAGAAAGAACUACUGCAGUUAAUGGAAAAGAAAACCAGCUAGCUUCAUACAAACCCUGGGAAAAGAAUGUGCUGCCAGGUAGUAAAGUAAGAGUACCACCACAGCCAGGAACUAGAACUACAACACAAACAUCUAAUAUUCAGACACGUAUACAUAAACAAUACUCGACCCAUGCUAGACGAUCAAGUCCUCCAAGAAGUGCUUCUCCUUCAAGUCAUGUUAUUCCAAUGGCAGUUCCACUUUGUAAUCCAAGAUUUCUACAAGGACGAACCCAGACUGGAGUUUUAUCAUGUGAACCUCUCGCCAGUAGUUCACCGUCUACUAGAACCAUGAUGUCACCUGUGGCAAAUAGGUCCAUUGUUGCCGAAAAUACCAUGUCAGAGUUCAAUCAAAAGGUGUUAUCACCAGCUAUGAGCCAGGUAUCAGCUGAUGACUACGAUAGCUUCCAGCAAGAUGAUGAUCAGUUUGGUACAGGUAUAGCCUUACCAGGUUACCAGAGAGAACCAAUACAGAGACCAAAAUCACCACCAUCGAAAAUUGCUUCCAAACCACCAAUUUUAGAAUCUUACAGUCAAAAUCCAUCAUCAGAUGUCAUAGCAACAGAUAUGCACAGACAAAAUAUUUUAGAAAAUAAAGCUUUUGAAUGGUUACAGAAUGAAUUGAUGGGUAUUGUUAUGUCUAAAGUAUCAACUGAUCAAAGUAUGAGAAGGGAGGCGUCUUUAUGUGAAGAUCAUCAGUAUAAAUAUACUGAUCUAAAUAUAGAACAGGAAGAUGAAGUUCAGGAUGAGACUGACGAAGAUUCUCAAUUGUCAGACAAAAGUAACGCCAGUUCAAGAUCACAUCAAGAUGAACAUAAUGAUGAAUUAAGGAAAGUUUUUAUAGAUGCUGGUCAACCUAUAAAUCAACAAUUGAUAUCAACUUUAGUAAGAGAAGCAUUACGAGAGAGAGUUACAUCUUUCUUAGGACAGGCACAUGAUAAUAGACCUAUUGUAGAUCAGAUUGAUAGAAAAACAGGAAUAGAAGACACUGAAGUAAAUAAAGAUGAAUAUGAUGAUGAUUUUGAAAGUGAUUCACCAGAGUUAUCAGUUAAGCAGAUACCUACACCAGAUCUAACACCAAUGUCUAGUCUCAGUGAUUCUCCCAUCCGUAGACGAUCUCCAUCACCUGAAGUUGUGAAACAAUCAGAAAUAAAGAAAGAUCUCAUGGUAACUAAAGUUUCUGAAGCAGCAAAUGAUUCAGCUUUAUAUAAUUCCUUCCUACCAGUUGAACCUGUACGACAACCAUAUCCUGAAUCAUCAGAGAGUGAACAGUCUGAAUCAUAUGAUAUAUCACAAGAAUUACGAAGAUUUGCCUUUAAACCAGGCGAUGAAAGAGAUGGAUUAUUAGCAUCAUUACAUGAUAUAGAAACUCCUUCUAUUACCCCUCCGAUAUACUCCCCAUCCCCAGCAGCAUUAUAUACUUUACCCAACUUUACCUCUUCACCUCCUCCCUUUGAUACUCUACCAGAACGUUCACCAGCAGCCACCAUGACAGAUAGAGAUGAUUUAGAUAGAACACAGCCUAGUCUUGGUGCUACAGGAACAUCAUUACAGUUUAACAAGACACAGAAUUCUAUAGAUGAUUAUAGUAAUAAAGAUAUCAAGACUCGCACAACAACUAUCAUAGUACAAUCUCGUCCAAUUGAUGAGAGUUUAGAAGAGACAAAGAAAUUUCCGGAACAUCCACCUCAACCAGUAAGAAGUAUAAAAUCGCCAACAAGAACCAUGGAGUCGAGUUUAAGUCCUGUUGCUAGUCCAGAACCUAAAACAUCGUCAAGUCUAACCGAUACUAUCAACGAAUGUAUAUCUGAGGGACAAUGGUUACUUAAUAGAAGUGAAGGUCAGAUAGCUGAUAUACCACUAGAUCCUGGUUUAUUACCAAAUAGUAAUUUUAAUCAGAUUGAUAUUAGUACUGCCAGUACACUUAAAGAUACUGAUGAAUUAGAUCUUGAUGAUAAUGAAUUAUUAAAAAGUGAAGGUGAAUUUUUACAUUAUUCAUCGGUACCAGUAGAGAGAGAUAUGGCAAGAAUUCUAGAUAUACAAGAACAGUCAUAUAGACAGAAUGUGAUGAACUUACCCAAUACACACAUUAUAAAUACAUAUCCUAACCACGAUGAGGAAAGACAUACAGAUUUGAGUAUAGGUCAAGUUUCUAAUUCUAGAAUUAUUCAGGUUGGUCAGGAUGCACCCAGACCCAGUAUUGGUAUUACUAAACCAAGCAAAGAAUCACCAAGAAAGGUCCAGAAUUAUCCUCAAGAAUUUGAUGACACUCCUGAUUCUACUAUGAAUUUAGAAGAGCUUGACUUUAGUAAGAGAAAUCAGCAAUGGAAAGCUCCAAUAAAAGUGAAGCCAAGAAGUUCUACAUUUUCUGUGUCUGAUGCAUCACUAAGAAACAGCCAUUUGGAACAAUCUACUUCUGAUGUUGAAUAUAAUCAGUACAGAGUGCGAUUAUCAGCUGAUUCAGACGGCUCUGUAUAUUCUUAUGAAGAUGAUAAAGAUUUAAAUACAGCAGAAAAUAGUAUUCCAUAUCGAAUGUCAGUGACAGUGCCAACAGUUGAUCCUAUUACAGAAGAUGAUGACAGUGAUGACAUAUCAGAACUCCACCCAACAAAUUAAGAAAAGCAGUCAAGCUAAAUAUAUAAUAUGCAUAUAUUUAUUUUAUUUAAUAAUAUGUGUAUAUAUUGUUAAUAUUUAUGGUUCAUUGAAAAAAAAAAAAUUGCAUUUUUGAAUACUUUUUAUACCCCCACAUUGAAAUGUGUUUUUUUUUAAUGUCGUCGCUCGCGUCUGUCUGUCUGUCAGUUCGGUGUCCACGAGGCUAAAGUUAAUAUCCGAUUGACUUUAGAUUUAUACAAAGUGUUUAAGGUCAUGAGGUCUGCAUCAUAAGGUCUGUCAUUAAGUCAACUGGGGCAGUUUCAAUUCUGUCCAACCUCUUGGGUUUUCUCAAGGUCCUCCGGUUUCCUCCUACUGCUAAAGACCCCUACACGCAAGCAAAUUAUUCAAAUAAAAUUGAACCAUUUGUUAGUCCCGAAAUGACCUAGUUUGUGUCAAGUGGAUAUUAAACCCCCCUCUCUCUCUCUCUCUCUCUCUCUCUCUCGUUUAUAAAAAUAAAGAAAUGUUCAGUAGCUAAUAUAAUGAAAAUAGAUUUGUUAGGUGAUUUCAUCGCUGAAUGAUUUCUAUUUGCAAUCACGUCUGUGCUUCUGCUCAGCUGCAUAAUCUGGUUGUUCUGGAUAAGGUCAAGACACCAUGACCUAUCUUAUAGCUAUAAACUUAUUCUGGCCACCACAAAAGUCAUUACAAUCAACCAUCCAACACAUGGACUCUGGACCACUUUAAAUAACAUUAGGUUUAAAAGAUAACUGCUAUAUUAUUUUUUUUAAAGGAAGUUAUAUGGACCCAUGGUCAACUCUGCUCUAUAACCAGUUCACCUUAUGUGACCCUAAUGCCAAUUAUGCCACAUUUAUUGGGGGGGGGGGGGUAACAGUUCAAGCUUUAUGCUUUAGAUCGUAAGGUCAGUCAUUGAGUCAAGUGAAGCAAUCUUAAUCCCCUGCUUGUACAUGAUAAGGAAAACAUCACCUUCCCAACCUUAUGGGUAAUCCCUGGGUCCCCCAGUUUCAUCCCACUGUCAUGAAAUUGUACCGUGUUAGUCCACAAAUUGCUAGUUUGUGUCAAGUGGACAUUAAACCCCUUCUAUCUCUCUCAUUUACAUUUUGAAAAGAUGUGAGUGUAUACAUUGUCAAAGGGUAUAAAUUAAUUUUAAUACAAGAUGGGACAAAACAUGCAGUUUCCUUUUGUGUUAUCUAUAAAAACAAUUUCUACAAUCAUUGCCUAUUAAAUACUUAAU